AUGUCUACCCAAACAUCCAAGUCCAUUUUUCUGUCCGCUCAGGGCAAGCUCCUCGUCCAGCCAGUGACAGACAGUUACACGGUCGAAGGCUCCCAAUGCCUCGUCCGUGUCGACUAUUCAGCCAUCAACCUCUGUGAUUACAAUUUCUUCUACAUGGGACUCAAUUCCUUCAUCACCGGAUUCGAGAUGUCCGGUACUGUCAAGAGAACGGGCCCUGACUCACGAUUCCAAGUCGGAGAUGCCGUCUUUGGCAUCUCGCCCGUCGUCAUCCCAAUGCCAUCCUCACACGGAACCCACCAGGAGUUGGUUGUUGCGAGGUCCGAGCUACUCUAUAAGAUCCCAGCCGGUGUGUCAUCAAAGGAUGCCAGCGUAAUCUGCAUGCCCGCACACACAGCGGCAGAUGCCUUGUUCAAUGUCAUUGGCCUGGGGCUUCCAGCCGCUGAUGUAGCUGGCAUCGACCCUGUCGGCAAGGGAAUUCUUAUCUGGGGCGGCGCAAGCAGUGUUGGAAUGAUGGCCAUUCAAUUGGCCAAGGCUGCUGGGCUCCAAUACAUCUUCACAACAGCCUCAGCUAAGAACCACGAUAUCCUUCGAGAGUUGGGAGCCACCCACUGUUUCGACUACAGGAGCCGCAGCGUGGUUGAAGAUAUCCAACAGGCUCAGAAGUCGCUCGGCAUCAUUUUAAACUUGGCCUUCGAUACUGUCGGCAAAGGAGUCAUGGGUCCUGCUGAUGCUAGCAAUCUCAGCACUCCUGAGCUCACAAAGACUGCAUUGGGCGAUUCUGAGGGUCUUCGCCUGGCCUGCACGCUCCCGGUUCACCAAGACCCUGCCUUCGGGAUGUGCACGUCUUAUCGGCCAAGCGGCAAUGUAAACGCCAUGGGCGCACCUCAAGAUCCGAAUUCAGCUAUCCGUAUACGCAAUGUUAUGGAGCAUCUGUUGGCUCUAAAGGAUGGAUGCUUGAGACUGCCUGUUGUCACAGUUGUAACUGGCCCUGAGGCUGGUAUUGAGGGAAUCCAACGUGUUGCGGGAGGUGAAAUGAGCUUGGAAAAGCUUACACUAAAGCAUCCACUAGAAUAG